AUGCUUUCACUCGGCCAGUUGGUCGUGUGCGCCGUUGCGGCGCGUCUGGCCGACGCAUCAAUCUCAUCCUCGAACCCGGGCUUGAACGCGCAAGCUGUCAAUCUCUGGAAGCUCGGAAAGUUCGGCCGCGAUGACUCCUCAACGGCCUCAACACCAAGACUGGUGGUGCAGGAUUCGUCAGCGCCGUUUCCGUCAGCUGUCAAGCAUGCUGAAUUCCCUGCCUACACGUUCGAGCAGCCGCUCGACCACUUCUAUAACACCACGGACGAGACGUUCGGACAGCGUUACUGGGUUAGCACGCGUCACUACAAGGCGGGAACUGGCGCACCUGUCAUUGUCAUUGAUGGCGGUGAGACGAGCGGAGAGGACCGCAUCCCUUUCCUCGACACCGGCAUCGCGGAUAUCCUAGCCAAGGCGACAGGCGGCGUGGGUGUGGUUCUGGAGCACAGAUACUACGGCGAGUCCAUCAGUGUCAAAAACCUAACCACUGAUUCGCUACGGUGGUUGAACAACGAGCAAGCGCUGGAAGACUCGGCCAACUUCAUGCGCAAUGUGAAGUUUGAGGGCGUUGACGAGGAUCUUACGGCUCCAAAUACACCUUGGAUAUACUACGGAGGUUCGUACGCGGGCGCGCGUGCGGCACACAUGAAGGUGGUUUACCCUGACAUUACAUGGGGUGCAAUCGCCGCGAGCGCUGUGACACACGCUGCUCUCACCAACUGGGAGUACAUGGACACCAUUCGUGUUGCGGCGGACCCCAUCUGUAGCUCGAACUUGGUACAUUCUGUAGCGACAAUUGAUGCGCUCUUGAACAUACCAGUCGUCAAGACCCACCUGAAGGGACUGUUCAAUCUCUCGGAUCUGGCUAGCGAUCAGGAUUUCGUAUCCUUGCUCACCUCGCCGCUUGGUGCUUGGCAAGGUAAGAACUGGGACCCUGCCGUUGGAUCGACAGCUUUUGACGACUUCUGUGCGGCACUGAGCGGCGGGGGAUCCUCGCUCGCAGAGACCUUACGCGAGGUGGCCAUUCCUGGUCUCGAACAUAUGGACCAUAAAGUCAACAUCGCCGUGCUGAACUAUGCCAAGUAUAUCCGCGAAAAUGUCGUUGCGACAUGUCCCGAACCCUUGACGCAUGAACAAUGCUUUGGCACCAGCGAUGACUCCCUCUACCAGGAGACUAGCUUGGAUCAGACAUGGCGCCUUUGGACCUACCAAUACUGCACGGAGUGGGGCUAUAUCACGACUGCCCCACCGGACCCUCACAAAUACCCACCGAUCAUCUCACGCUUACUCGACUUCGAGUAUCAGCACAAGAUCUGCAGGCAGGCGUUCCCACCGGGUGAGCAUGCCAUCGUGCCUGCGCUCCCGGAUAUCGAGGUCGUCAACGUUCUCGGCGACUUCGACCUCGCUGCUGACCGCCUUGCAUUCAUUGACGGUUCCGUCGACCCGUGGCGCCCAGAUACGCCGCACAGCACGUACUACGCGAAGGACCGCGCAGACACGCUUCUACGCCCGUUCAAGUUGAUCCCUGGCGGAGUGCAUCACUGGGACGAGAAUGGUCUUGCAGACCCAUCACAGGAGCCCUCGGAGAUCCAGAGGAUUCAUGCGGAGGAGGUCGCUUUCGUCAAGUCUUGGCUCGAGGACUUCGGCUCUCUACGCUUGGCUUGA